CGCACAACAGCGUCGCGAUAAUAGUUUGUUAAAAAUACAGUUUAUUAUUCGUUCGUUUCCGUCACUGGUCGAUGUUGCCCGAUAAGUAAUCAAUGAAGGUGUGUGUCUUCACAAUUUACAUUUGAUAUGAUCCUUUGAGGAAUUAAUUAGUGCGUUUUUAAACGGUUUGGUAAAUAGUCGUAAUACAGAAAAUACGAUAACGAUCUCGAGACGAACUUAAAAGAAAUAUGGUAAACAUCUUAUAGGAACGAACGUAAUUCCUAUAGUGCAAAAAAAUUAACUGUCAAAAUGAGCAGUUCUUCCAAGUUAAAAAAGAAACACUUCCGUGUGAAGCACCAGAAAGUGAAGCUAUUCAGGGCCAACGAGCCCUUCUUGUCUGUUUUCAUGUGGGGCAUCAACCACACUAUAAAUGAACUGAUGCACGUUACAAUACCGGUGAUGCUGCUGCCGGAUGACUUUAGGGCCUAUUCGAAAAUAAAAAUUGACAACCAUCUCUUCAACAAGGAGAAUAUGCCUUCUCAUUUCAAAGUGAAGGAAUACUGCCCUAUGGUCUUUAGGAAUAUCAGAGAACGCUUUGGAAUCGAUGAUCUCGACUAUAAAGAGUCGUUGACAAGGUCCCAGCCUUUACCCGAUGAUUCUUCUGGCAAAAGUGGAGCUAAGUUCUACUUAAGCUAUGACAGAAUAUUCAUAAUCAAGACUCUUACCUCAGAGGAAGUAGAGAGGAUGCACUCGUUCUUAAAACACUAUCACCCGUACAUUGUGGAGAGACACGGCAAGACCCUCCUCCCCCAGUAUCUCGGCAUGUACCGGCUGACUGUCGACAAUGUCGAACACUACAUUUGCGUCAUGAGGAAUGUUUUCUCGAAUCACCUUAGCACGCACAGGAAGUUUGAUCUGAAAGGCUCCACCGUCGAUAGGGAAGCCUCCGAGAAAGAAAGGGAAAAGGAGCUGCCCACUUUGAAGGAUAACGAUUUCGUAAACGAACAAAUGAAGGUUUACAUUGGAGAGGAAGCAAAGCAAAAACUCAUGGAAACUUUGACGGCUGACGUCGACUUUCUGACAAAACUGCACUUGAUGGAUUACAGCCUGCUGUUAGGCAUCCACGAAGUGGAGAGGGGCGAGCAGGAGAUGCAGCGGGAACGCGAACUGGAAGCUGAGAACCCUCAAGACUCCGACGAGAGCGAGUCCGGUUCCGGCCUGGAGAACAGGACGUUGGGGUUCAACACGCCUCCGGACUCGCCCAACGCAGUGGCGCAGUUCCUGCGAGAGCACAGCCUACAAUAUGAAGGGGGCAUCAUCCCGGAGCUGGACAUAUACGCGAUCCCGAGCUGCGAUCACGCACCCGUCAAGGAGAUCUACUUCAUAGCCAUCAUAGACGUCCUGACGCACUACGGGGUGAAAAAGCAGGCCGCCAAGGCGGCGAAGACCGUCAAGUACGGCUCGAACGUAGACGGCAUAAGUACCUGCGACCCGGAGCAGUACGCGAGGCGGUUCCUGGAUUUCAUGUCGAAGGCGAUCGAGUAGAGCGUCGGAGACGGCAGCGACUGGCCAUUUAAUUUAGUUUGUGUGGACGGGGUGUUUUUUCGUGUGUUCUUUGGGGCGACGCAGCUAUUUACCUUUUAAGGCGAGUCCAGCGGAGGGUUGGUAGUUUGCUGAAUAUUUUUGCGGACCGUAUUUUUCUAGUCGGCAAAGUAGGUAGUUGUUAUUCGAUUUAGGAAGCCAGCGGAAGGCAGGGCAGUCCGGGUUCGAAACUCCCCUCGAGGGCAGUUCGGGAAAUAUUCAGCAAAGUGCUUUAAAUUUCGUGUAUUUUAUUCAGAGUAUUCUAAAUGUCCCUUUAUUUAAUAAAAAUAAGUUAGUUAAUCAGAAUCAUUUUAUUACUGUAUAUAAUCCUAACAAGUUUUUAGAUAUGUAUAUAAGAAUAAUUGUGAUGUAUUUUAUAUUU